AUGGACAGCCUCACAAACUCCGAACAGCAAAUCCUCGCCGACCGCAUCCAAAAGCGGCAGAUGAAGCAGUUUAUGGGCAUCUUCGGCAACCUAGUAGACUCCUGCUUCACCUCCUGCGUCGACGACUUCCAGUCCAAAGCCCUUUCCGGCCGCGAGACCGGCUGCCUGUCCCGCUGCGUCUCCAAGUGGAUGGCGACCAACGAGCGGAUGGGCGAGCGGUUCGCCGAGUUGAAUGCUGCUGAGAUGGAGAGGCAGCAGAGGGGGGGUCGUUGAACUACACCAUACCAUACCUACACGACACAAUAUAAAACACAAGGGGUGGGGGGCAGGGCAAUAUCACUG